AUGCGACCUAUGUCUCGGUCUGUGGGGAAACCGCCAAAAAUUAUUUCGAAACUUGUAGAAAAGUGGCGGAUAGUCUGCUUAAUUAGUCCAUUGAUCGGUCUUGUCAUUGCAUCACUAAUUAUACUUCCGGAUUAUAAUGACCCUACAAGGGUUUCGGAAAAUGCGUUGUUGUCUGCUUUGGUUACUGAACAUUUCUCGUACCAGCAGCGAAUUGUUGCUUUUGCCAAAGAGCUAAAUGUAGAAAAAAACACAGCACAAUAUUUGUCGUUGCAGUUACAGCGUUAUGGGAUCGUAUCGCAAAUGCAGACCUAUCGUAUCAGUCAUCCUCAUUAUAAUGAAACAAGGACGAAUGUUUAUGGGCUAAUCUACGCUAGCAGGUCGUUGUCGGUAGAAUCAAUUUUAAUUGGUGUUGCCACAGAUGGUUCUACGGAUGCUGUGGCUUUAACGCUAGCAUUGGCUACGUACUGUAGAGCUGUUGUGUUUAUUGUUGAAAUGUCACUGACCAAAAUGACUGCUGAAAGAGAGUUUCUUUCAGAGCAGAUCUACUGGGCACGAAAUCUGAUUUUUGUAUUUGUUGACGGCGGUGUAUUAGGGAUGAAAGCAUUCCUUGCUGCGUAUCAUGGAGAGUCUGCUCCGCUUUUCAACUAUGAUCGAGUUACUCGUCAUGGAGGGGCCAUCAUUGGUGGCUUUAUCAUCAAAACUACCGGAAACAGUUUCAAUACUUUGAAUAUUGAAUAUAACAUGAUUAAUGGUCAGCUACCAAAUUUGGAUGUAGUGAAUCUUUUCGUUCGCUUAGCAGAUAAAUUUGAUCUGACUUCUACCAUAUAUGAUAAUAAGCGUCAGUCUUCCUGGAGGGAUAUAGCAGAGACUGUAUCGAAGGGGAUAUUGACCCAGGCGUUUACUAGAGCGCAGGGACUUCACAGUGUCCUUGGAUUAUAUGGGAUACAAGCAGUGACGGUACAUGCGAAAGGUUCGUCAGGUCAUAUAUCACUUUCCGGGUUUGCCAGAAUAUGUGAAGGAGCUUUAAGGUCUUUCAACAACAUAAUAGAGAAAUUCCACCAGUCUUAUUUCCUAUACAUCCUCACAAACUCACGAAGGUUCAUCUCAGUUGCAUAUUACAUGCCAAUCAUUGGUAUGUUGAUAUUGCCGCUCAUUGUUCUAGCUUUGAAAGAAUGGUUUGACAUGUCAACGUUUGCUUUGCCAAAUUCUCAUUUGAUUUUUCACAUGAUUGGCCUUCUUUGCUACAUCAUGGGGAAAUUUUUCGCGGAAAAUUAUUUGGAGAAUGGGCAGUAUAUCCAUUUGUUUCUCGUGCUUCUGCCCGUGGAGGAAGAUAUUCGCCCAUUAAAAUUCUUGUUUUUCCUCGAGCUAGCUCUUGUAAUUGCAUCAAUUUCAUUACUGAAUUUUUCACUUGCUUUCUGCAUAUCGCUAGUCGCUGUCCCUGUAGCCGUUGUAUUUUCUGUUAUUGACUUGAGGAGUCUCAACUGGAUAAAAGGACUAUUUGGAUUCCUAAUCCAUCCGCUUCUGCUUUUUAUUUCUGUAAAAAGCAUGUUCGUCAACCAGAGUGAAACAGUGACUGAUGCCGCACAUUCUCUUAUGUUUUGGAUGAAUCAUUCUUACCUUCUGUUUAGUGAUAUGUUGUUGCCUUUACUGCAAUUAUUUUUCAUCCCCCUAUGGUCAUUCUGCUUUGACAUGGAUCAGAAUGGUGUUGCCACUAGCAACCUCAGUGACUUACUUUUACGUACGCCAAUUCCAGUCACGGAAAGGAAAUGGUCGGCAGUUGGUCACUUUUUAGUUAGUUGGGGCAUAAAGACUACGAAAUUGAUGAGGUACUAAAU